CGCUGCUCCCCUCGCCCGUGGUCCCGCCGAGCCCCGUGGCCUGUCAGGGAAGGGCAGUGAGGGCCCCGCGCCCCCCGCGCCCUCGCCGCCCGCGGGCCCCCCGUACCUGGCAGUAGAGGCGGUAGAGCGGCACGGCCGCGUACGACAGCCCCACCAUGCCCACGGCGGCCGCCGCGAUGUAGCCCACGGCAGAGCGGUUCCGCCGCCGCCACUCCUCCUCCUGCUGCCGGGUGAAGGGGUUGGAGCUCCGCACGCCGCGGGUCCCCCAGAGCCCGCACCGGGGGAGCGCCCCGAGCCGCAGCCCGCGGGCACAGCGGGCCCAGCCCGGCCCGCACAGCGCCAUGUCCGCGGCGCGGGGGCUCUCGGGAGAGGCGCUGGAAGGGCCGGGCGGUGCCGGCUGAGGGGCGGGAGCGAGGCGGGAGUGGAGGCGGGAUGAGGCAGGAGCGGGGCGGGUCGAGCCGCCAUCGCCUGCCCGCCCGCCGCGCCCCCUCGGAGCGGUGCAGAGGCGCGGGGGGUCCCGGUGCACCCGCCGGUGUUCGGUCCCUCCGUCCCCCCCCCAGCGGGACCGCUCGGGCGGCGGGUUUGUGUACGAGCAGUUGUUUUCCUGGUUAGGAGCCAGUUCUUCAUGUGUCAGAAUUCUUCAUUUUGAACUUUUAUUUAAAUAGUGCACCUAAGAAGAUGUCCAGUACAGAUCCCCUAAUAAAUACAGAGAAAAAGACUAUUAUGGGCCCUCAUGGAAUCAAUCGAGCUGUUCACCGCAUUUCCUUCUCCGACUGUCAGAAUGGAUUAGGAGUUAAAAUUAUUGGAGGUUAUCGGGCACAAACAGCAGAAGAUUAUGGGAUUUUUAUAAAGAGAAUUCUACCUGGAGGGGUUGCUGCUGUAGAUAGCCGUUUGCUCACUGGUGACCUCAUUUUGGAUGUCAAUGGAGAAAACUUGAUUGGAGUAACAAAUGAAAGGGCUGUUGACAUCCUGAGAACAGCAUCAGCAUCUAAUCACAUGUCUCUGCUCGUUGCAAGAGAUGAAGAAGCAAAGAAAGAAUUCCAUGACCUGAUGGAUAAGUAUGGCUCUCACAGUGACAACAACUCUGCAAGAAGUUCUCCAACACAUCUGUUAGCUGCAAAAUCUACAGAGAGCCUUUCCUCCGGGUCAUCCUCAAGGUCACAGAGUCCUCAGUUGCAUCUGAAGGAAAACACCACUACCAGCAGCAGAAAUAAUUCUGUCCCAGCACCAUCCCCAAAGCCUGCAAAGGAUAGUGCAUUUCAGAUUAUCUCUGUUUGCAAAGGAACAAGUCUAGGUUUGAAUAUUGUGGGAGGAAUUAACAGAAAUGAAGGACCUUUGGUAUAUAUUCAAGAAAUUAUCCCUGGUGGUGAUUGUCAUAAGGAUGGACGACUGAAGCCUGGAGAUCAACUUGUGUCCAUCAACAAGGAGUCCAUGAUUGGUGUCUCCUAUGAAGAGGCAAAAAGUAUAAUCAACAGAACAAAGAUGAGGUUGGACAACUUCUGGGAGAUAGCUUUUAUUAGGCAAAAAAAUAUUCCCAGUUAUCCAGAGAAUCUGCAGCGUCCUUUCAGCCUCUUAACAUCUUCUGUAGCUUAUGGAGAGCAACAGGCUCUGCCAUCCCCUAAUGGGAAGCUGGUUUCAACAUUCACUCCAGAUGCUAUGGAAACUGGAGUCAAGAUGGGAGAGCAAUCUCCAAUAACUCCUCCAGACAACAGUCCUGCUGAUGUGUCUGCCACGGCUGUUGCCCCCAGCCAGAAUGAUGAUUAUGAGCCUCGAGGAAGGAACUCGUCUAUUCGUCUCAAAACAGAAAAACUGGAGAGGGCAUUGAAUUAUCUUGGGAUUCAGCUCACAGAUGAACAGCAGCUAGCCCUCAGGCAGCAACUUCAGAAAGAUUCUAAAGGAACAGUGUCUUUUGGAGAUUUCAUUGAAGUUUCAAGGAAUCUGUUCUCAAAUACAGCAGAUGAUGGCCACAAAUCUGUCACAUUUGGGGGCAGUGAAGUUUCCAGCUUACAGGAUCCACAGUUUGUAACCUGUAAUUCUUUGGAGGAUGACGUGGAAAGACUUAAGAAAGAAAGAAAUGAAGCUUUAAAAGAAAUUAGUAAAUUAAAGGAAGAAUUGUCUGAAUCUGUGAAUGCACAGAAACAGUUAACAGAGCAGCUACAAGCAGUCAAGCAAGAAGCCAAGGCAGCCGUGGAGGAGACGAGAGCCCUGCGGAGCCGGAUCCAUCUCGCAGAGGCUGCACAAAGGCAGGCACGGGGGAUGGAGAUGGACUAUGAGGAAGUGAUUCGCCUGCUGGAAGCUGAAAUUGGAGAGCUGAAGGCUCAGCUCGCCGAUCACUCCGGCCAAAAUAAAGAUAACAUUCAAGACUUGAGAAAGAGAGUUACAGUGCUUGACUGCCAGCUGAGGAAAUCAGAAUCAGCAAGGAAGACCUUUGAGGUGGCUACUGAAAAAUUGCUACAAUUUGUAGAGGUUGUGCAUGAAAUACUUUCAGAUAACUCUACUUCCUCAACAGUUUUAAGUGACGGGAGAGCAACACUGUCCACCAAAGCACUUCUCGCCCGGCUGGGAAGGGUCGGACCCGCCGCCACCACGGCUCUUGCAGCAGAAGCCAGAGACCUUGCCAAGUCUGUCCGUGCCAUUUUGGAAGUAGAUUGUACAGCCACGAGACUGUUCACCCCUAACAGGAAAGGAAUUGCAGCCAGACGUCCUUUUAAUGGUCUGCCUUAUGGAUGGGAAGAGGCUUAUACAGCUGAUGGAAUCAAGUAUUUUAUCAACCACGUGACACAGACAACGUCCUGGAUCCAUCCCGUCACAAGCGCCCUGAGCUUGCUCUGCUCCGAGGAGGAGGAGGAUGGAAUGAGAGACCUGCCCGGGUCCAAGAGCUGAGGGCUUGAGGCUGCUGACAGGGAGUAGUUAGUCUGGUCCCAGUUCCUUAGUGAGAAGAUGCCCAGGUUUUAAUCUGCCUGCUUUCCAGUGUAAUGUAGUUGUACCUGGUGACGUUUCUCCCCUUCAAGCUGGAGGAGGUUCUGCCAUUUUUGAGGUGGGUUUGUUGAUGGGGGUACAAAGGAUGCAGGUGGGUGCUGCAGGAGUCCUUAAUCUGUCCCACUUUGGUGUGCAGGGAUCAGUCUCACCUUAGGGCCCAGUCCAGUCUUUCCAUGACUUCCCCACUGACAUAAUUGACCUGACCUGAAGUGAAAUUUUCACGGCUCUGGCCAACAUGAGAUUAAGAUGGGACAGUUGGUGGCGGAUUCCAGCUGAUGGCUGACUGAGAUGCAAGGUCAGCUGGGGUUUUUGAACCAAUGCUUUUGAGUAUAAUGCAGAUGGCUUUACUGAAAAUCUUUAUUUUUGUGAAAGAAAUCUGCAAAUAAGUUUUGCUAAUAGAAAUUUAGCUAUUUGUUACAAGUAUUGGAGCUCUGAUGACUUUUAAAAUGAAUACUUAUUAUGAAUAGUUGUUGAGCUUUAGAAAAAUGAGUCUUUGAUAUCUUGUCAAGUGAAAAGAAAGUUUUGGUAGAGGACACCAUGCUCUUUCAACAAUAUGAGGCAAGAAUGAAAAUUAUUCUACUUUUGUGCUCUGCUAAACCGAUACAUACACACAUCAAAUACUUCAGUGGAAGCUGUGAAGUUUCAAGUACAAUGAAACCUGUGAAACCACCUCCAGGAUCAGCAGAAAUCAGUCACCUCCUCAGAGCUGGUCUUUAAGUAGAACAAAAUCAUUUUGUACACACUGGUGAUGAUUUAAAGAGGAUAAAGAAAAUGACGGGGGGUGCUGGCGCAAGUUAAUGAGCAGGUUUGGGUUUACCUCAAUAGCACGGGAUAUUUUAAAUCUCAUUAUUGACAGCACAGUGUCUGAUGUCAGCUUUGUCAAAUGUAUGAUUCUGUGCUGUGUUUUUCUGGAGGCUCUUUAUGUAUGUGUGUGUGUGUGUAAUGGUGGGUGUUACUAAUGAAUGAAAGACAGGCCUGAACUCUGCAGAAGCACUGAUGGAUAUGCCAAAGGAAAACUCUGUCUCUGACCUUCAGUGCAAGAGGGAGAAGGGGGCUGUGACAGUGUGAGGAAGGCACAGGCUGCAGUCACAUCUUUGAGGUCUGUAUUCAGUAGAUGUGUCACUGGAUUUAAGAAUCCUUGUCCUCUGAGGAAUGGAUAUAAAGCUCAGACUUCCUCACAGUUCUGGUGCCUCAAACCACACGCUCUGUCCUCAGCACUGCAGAACUGUGCCAGGUCAGGCACACUGGAGCUGCUGAUCCUUUUGAGUCAAAAUAAUACACCUUCUUUUGAAAUCCAAGUCAUGUCUCUGAAUAGCAGUGCAGGAAUCUCCUGCACUUGGUCUGAGAGCUGCAGACACAUCACCAAAUGUUCUUCCUGGAGGAACAGUGUGCAGCUCACAAAAGAGGCUUUUGCAGGCUUUGCUGGAAGUAGAUGUCAGGAUAUAUUGAAUAAGCAAAUAGCAAAAACUUGUUUUGUACUUUUAACUAGGUCAGACCCAAAUUAUCUGUGAAUCUACACAGGUGGUGUGGAUUAAGAAAAGCUUGCUCAGCAGACCCACAGUAACUUAUAUUUCUAAGAAAACUUCUCAUAACAAUAACACAUGAAUAUUUUAGCCAUUUUUUACCCCAGUGGCUCCUGCAGCUUCACAGCCUCCUUUGUGCUCCUGGAGAGCACAGUCCCAAGGGACAGAGCUUGUGCUUCAGGCUUGGACACUCCAGAAGCAUUUUUAUUUAAAUCCCUUUUCUGCAAAUGGCACAGACUCAUGACCCACAGAGGACAUAUGAGGCUCUGAAUUCCUUGUGGUGUUUGCUGUAGCUGUAGAAAUCAUUUGGAUGCUUUAUGACAGCUCUUUUCUGUUCAUACUUCCGUGACAUCCAGCCUGCACAGAGAUUCCAGUUUUCCAGUUCUGCUCAGGAGAGAUUGGAACCUCCACUUCCCUCUUUGCAGCCUUGAUUUAUUCUGCUUGUGGCUUUGUGACAACUCACCGGGUGUUCCAAAGAGGAGAAGCUAUUUAGGGACGGGGGGCUGUGGAUCAGGGAGGCUGCAGGAGCAGAGACUUCACGGGGAGCAAUUUAGAGCUGUCCUUCUGUUGGCUCAGCUGGAGGGGGACAGCUCUGCACGUGCUGCCUGCCCUUCCCGGGGAGCUGGGAAUGAUCCCGGGGGAGGCCCAGCCUGCUGUGCACGAGGGGGGAUCUGCCUGCUCUGCUCCCUGUCCCCACCCACGGAUGAGAACGUGCCAGAAGCUGGAGCCUGUUUCCCCCCUCUCUCUUAUAAAUUUGCCUAGAAAUUAAAGGCGUUAGAAAUAGGUCUCUGCAUCUCUCCAGCUACUCCAGUGAGCUUUUACCUCUCCACAUAAUCCACUAGUUCACGUUCUCCGUGGUGGGGAAUACAUUUUCAUACCUGCAAUCUCCAAAUGUUCCAAUCUAUUUUUGUACGCUGCCAUACACUGUUUCCUAGGUUAUUUCUCUUGAUCUCCCCUUGUCUCUUCCUUUCUAUGAAAUAGUUUUGUGAAAUUAUUUUGAUUAAACUGAACUGUGUAUUUUGAGAAAAUGGUUGUAGGGUAACUUGAACAGAAUUUGUAAAGAGCAGUUGUCAACACAGGCAACGCUGUAAACAGCAACUUUUCAUUUUUAUUCCUGAAUAAAAAAAAAUUUAAGUAGAAAAUAUA